UCUGCCCAAGGAGCCACUUAACAUGUUUCACGAGGCGCAGUGGCCACAGCUGCUUGCUUGCUCGCUCAGCACGGCGCCUUUCGCUCGGGCUGGAAUCCAGGAUGGUUGCCUGUCUGUGGCAAAAGCAUCUGCGGAGUCUGUUCUGCAGUUUGUCACAGGAUAUGGAAACCGCACAUGCAGGGGGAGAGAGAGAGAGAGAGAGAGAAGGGCCUUCUUCUGGCUGGUCUCCCUCCUCUUGGCAUCUCUGAUCUGGUUCAUUUCGGUGCAUCUGAGUGACCGGGAGGAUGAGCGGAUGCAACACGGACUCUUGAUGUUUGGGGCAGCCGUCUCUGUGCUGCUGCAGGAAGCUUUCCGCUUUGCUUACUUCAAGCUCCUCAAGAAAGCCGAUGAAGGGUUGGUUACCAUAAGUGAAGACGGACGGUCUCCCAUCUCAGUCAAGCAGAUGGCAUAUGUGUCCGGUCUCUCCUUUGGAAUCAUAAGUGGCAUCUUCUCAGUUAUCAACAUCCUUGCGGACUCCAUCGGCCCAGGCACUGUGGGGAUCCAUGGAGAUUCACCCCAUUAUUUCAUCACAUCAGCCUUUCUGACGAUGGCCUUGGUUCUCUUGCACACAUUCUGGGGAACAAUUUUCUUUGAUGCCUGCGAAAGGGGCCGUUACUGGGCGCUGGCCGUGGUGGUGGCCAGUCACCUCUUGACGUCUGGGUUGACAUUCCUGAAUCCUUGCUACGAAGCCAGCCUCGUUCCCGUCUUCGCGAUUACUCUCGCCAUGGGAGUAUGGGCCUUUUUCACGGCCGGCGGCUCCCUGCGCAGCAUUGUCGCCUGCCUCUCCUGCCGACGAAAAGACGACAGCCACGUGAUGGUGUACUCCGCACUGCGGCUUCCUGCUGAGGACUGAACCCUCUUGGUCGCCAGAAUCCCUCUAAGGGAGGACUGUCACCCAAGUGCCCUCCACUUGGCAGCUGGGGCCCACUUCGUGGGUGCCCCCUUCCCACCCUUUGUCUGGGACAAAACGGUUCUCAACGUGGCUGGACCAGCCCAAACUUUUGCCUAGCCCAGUGGACUGUCUGUGGAGCCCCCUUUAUGGCUCAGAUGGCAAAAUUCUGUUUCCCUCCAGUGGAGUCUUUCCUCCCCUCCCCAAUGCUCCUUUCCCGGAGGAUGAAAAAUUCAGGUCACUGUUGCUCCUUCCUUCUCUUUGCGAGAGGGAGGGAAUGAAGCGAGACUGGGGGAUCCCGACACUCCCGCGCCCUGCGUUGGGCCACCUGGUGCCUGCCUUGCCCCUUGGGCCAGGCUUCCCCUAGAGCGGCUGCGAGCCUCUCCUGCCUGUUUUACAGACAAGGCCUGUUCCACUCGGCUGCAAGCUGCUUCUUGGAUUUCAGAGAGUUCAAAGGGUUUUGAGUCCGGGAUGCCCCUAGCAGUUUCCAGAGGGCAAAUGUUUCAGUUGGAACGUUUCUUGAAGUGAGCGUAGGAGGACAGAGUUUCCUGGUCCUGCUGUCGCAAGGAGACUGCAAGCCAGAUCCAUUGUCUCAACCGUCUCUCCUUUGGGAUUAUUAUUAGAUGCCGACCCUCUUGUUUUUUGCCUCUAAGAGAACAUCAGUCUUGUUGAGAGUUUCAGAGCGUCCACCUCCCCCGUCUUAUAAGCCUAUGGCCUUUUCAGCCACAGCGAUUCAGCAGCUGGGUCAGCUGCUCCAGAGCAGCCAGAGAUCAUUCUUUAACAUUCGGUGGUUCUUCUGAUUGUAACCGUGGGGAAGAGGGUGGGUAGGUGGGUCACCUAGUUUUUGCAGGCAAAACUUCUGAAUCCAGGAUCUUUGAAAGCAUCUUGGGUGAAGGGGCAGGUCUUAACCCAAGAGGCUAACCGUGCGUCUUGGAACUUCACUGGCCUCUGAAUUCCUUGCUGGGCUCAUGCCAGGAGUCUGAGCCUGAUCUCCUUUUUCAUCCUUUCUUUCUCUGGCAGCUCCCUCCGUCACUUCGUUCUGGGCUAAAACCCACAGUGCCAGGUAGGAGGGUGGUGAGGGGCUGGAGGCAGGCACUCAUGAAAAAUGGAGACCCUUUUGAGCUGGAGGGGGGGAGCCUUUGGCGCCUACCAGCUGUGAUGGUGAUUGAGAACAAGGUGGGUGGGGGCCACAGAGAGUGCCCCCCCAGGUCUUCCCAGACUGCAGUGCCCCCUAUGGCCUCUGCUGGCUGCAACUGGUGGUAGCUGUGACCCAGCAACAUCUGGAGGA